AUGUUUGAUUAUAGGUCGAUUAGCAGAAGCAAUUUUCUUCAAUUUUUCUCUUAUACUUUUAUUAUAAUAGAUUUCAUAAUCAUUCAGAUCUUAAGAUUAAUAAGGAUAGUUGGACAGAUGAAGAAGUUUAAACUAUUAUAAAAGCUCAUAAAAAAUUAGGAAAUCGUUGGUCUUUGAAUAUUGGAUUAUUGAAAGAUAGAACAAAUAAUUCUAAAAAAAAUCAUUGGAAUAGCUCAUUAUAAAGAAGAUUAAAGAUGUAAAAUUGAUGGGAAGAUUUAUAAGUAUAAUAAAAUUAAGAUGAAACUUAAAUUAAAGGUAUUCCAAGAAGAAAAAUUUUUCAAAAAAUUAUUUAUUAAAAAACACCAGUGA